GUAUUACUUAAAAUCUUAUUCACAAUAACUAUGAAAUCUUGCCCAUUACAUCUACUUCCUCUUUUAGUUCUAUUCACGCAUGGGAAGUGGCUGGGGGAGGAAGUGUGAGUGACUGUGAGUGAAAGCAGAAGGGCUGGAGGAUGAAGGAGUCGAGCCUGUAAGUUCGGUCUUGCUGAGGGGCUCGGUCCAGGGGGACCCGUGCGAGGCUGAAAAUGUACCUGCUGCUGCUCUUUCCCCUCCUCUUCUGGGUUCCAGGCUCAUCAGUUCCCAUCACGGGUCCAGAAGCAGUGAGAGGUCUGGAGCGGGGAGUCUUGACCGUGCAGUGUCGCUAUGGCCCACGAUGGGAGGCCUACCUGAAGUGGUGGUGUCGAGGGCCUGUUUUAGGAAGCUGCGAGAUCCUUGUUCAAACCAAUGGAUCAGCGUUUGGGGUGAAGGAGCGUGUGUCCAUCCGGGACUAUCAGACAAACCACACGUUCACUGUGACCAUGAAGGAGCUCAGGCGAGAAGACACAGACACUUACUGGUGUGGGAUUGAGAGAACUGGAUCUGACCAUGGGGUCCCUGUUAAAGUGACCAUUGACCCAGCACCAACUACAGUGUUGACCCCCACCUCUGCCAUCACCUCCACUGCCAACGCGUUCACAGUACCAGACACCCCAGAAGACACCACAGGCUUCCUGAAUGUGACCAACCACCACUCCGAUGGCAGUGGCGACUCCCCGAAGCUCUUCAUCCUCCUGCCCCUCCUCUUUACUCUGUUGCUGCUUCUCCUGGUGGCAGCCUCACUGUUGGUGUGGAGAAUGGUGAAGCGACAGAGGAAAGCUGCUGGGAUAUCCCCAGAGCAGGUGCUCCAGCCCCCGGAGGACAAUGUCUGCUGCCAACCUGUGAACCUGAAGCAGACAGAAGCCUCGCCCAGCUCCCCCAGGAAGAGGGCCCCCACGCAGCCCUCCUCCUCUGCCCAGAACGACCAGGGGGAAGUGGAGUACAUCACCAUGGCCCCCUUUCUGGACACGGACAUUUGCUAUGCAGCUCUGUCUCUGGACACCUCAGAUCAGGACUCAAUCUACAUCAACACACAGGACCUCAUCACUCCCCCUCCCAGCAGGAGCCAGGAGGAGCUCAUCCAAUACAGCGCCAUCAGGAAGCCUUAGCUGUGCAAGGACCCCCUGCCCAACCCCACAUGAGGCCUGUCAGCACAUUCCUGCCUCGUCUGCUUUCUGCUCCCAGUCCUCUCACCACUCCCAGCCCAGAACUGGGCUCCAAGCCUGGUCUCAGGGGGAUUCUGAGAGAUAGAAAGGGGUCUCCCCAUUUUCCUUCCUCUCCCAGAGGCUGGGGCUAUGGUUUGGGGCAGCUGAGGGAAGAAUGAUGAUGAUCAUGACAAUAAUAGCAACAAACCUCUAUUUAUUGCUGCCAUGUGUGAUGGGUUGAAUAACAGCUCCCAAUGCUAUGUAUGUGCUAAUCUCCAGAACCCGUGAGCAUUAGCUUCUAUGGCCAUAGGGGCUGGGCAGAUGUAAUUCAAUGAAGGGUUUGGAGAUGCGGAGAUUGUUCUGCAUUAUCCCGGCAGGCCCUAAAUAGAACCACAAGGGUCCUUAUAAGAGGGAGGCAAGAAGGUCACAAGAGAAGGGGCUGUGACGACGGAAGCAGAGGCUGGAAUGACGCGGCCAGGAGCCAAGGAAAGCUGUAGCCUCUAGAAGCUGGAAAAGUCAAGGACUGGAUGCGUCAGAAGGAACCAGCCUCGCGGAGACUCUCACAUGAACCCAGGGAAAGGGAUAUGGAACUUUUGGCCUCCAGAACUGUAGGAGCAUCAAUGAACAUUGUUUUCAUUGAGCCACUAAAUUGGAGGUAAUUGGUUAAGCCACGUUGGGAACAGAUACCCUAUUGUGGCAGGCGCUCUUUCUAAAAUGGUCUACCUAUAGAAACUCAUUCAAUCCUCACAACAGGGCGCCUCCAUUACUGCCCCAUUUUACAGGUGAAGAGUCGAGGUCCAGAGAGAGUCUGGGCCACUACCCUGCACUGUGGGUCUAGGGAGGAUAGUGUGUGUGUGUGUGUGUGUGUGUGUGUGUGUGUGUGUGUGCAGGCACCUGCAUCCACACAGCAAUAGUUAGUGAAUAUUUACAAACUCCGGACUCACCAUGCUUCUUCUAGAGUCCCCGUAGCCCUCUCUCCAGAGCAGUGGUCGGCAAACUGCGGCUCACGAGCCA